GGAUUUUAACUGUUUAAAACAUUGAAAUCGAUACAAAUUGUUCAUUCUAUUUUAGUUUUAACAAUCGAUCUGUAAUUAUUUAUUAUUGGCGUUGUAAUGCUGUAUCAGCUCACUAAAUCAUGAAUCCGUUUAUUAUAAGCACAUACUGAGCCACUGACGUGUAGAGAUGAGGGAAACUGAGCUUUUGAUUCAAAGCAAAGGAAUCAGUUCACGCUGUCGACACCCGCUGGUCAGAAAGGAGAACUUUCACAGACAACAAAAUGUCUUCUAGAGUAAAAUGGCAGUGUCCAAACACAGAAUAAAAUCCUGAGAUCCAUGUGACAUCCUGUUAUGAAGAUGGCAUUAAUUAAAGAGGAGCGUGGAGACAUGAAGAUUGAAGAAACAUUCAGAGCAAGACAAGAAGAUCCCAAUGAACUAACAGAACUGAUGUCACUGAAAGAGGAGCGUGACAUGCUGACUGAUAUGGAAGAGAAAGAUCAAUAUGAGAAACAUCAUGGUUUGAUAACUGGAGAUGAAUCUUUUAGUUGCUCACAGACUGAGAAUAUUUCCUCAGGAAAGAUAGCUCAUCAAAAGAUAGGAACAAUAAGUUAUUUUGCCUGCUUUCACUGUGGGAAGAGUUUCAGUCAGCAUGAAAACCUCCAGGUCCACCUAAAACUUCACACUAGAGAGGAGUCUUAUACAUACCCUCAAUGUGGAAAACAAGAUGGGAAACUUCAAGUCCACAAAAGAUUUCACACUGGAGAGAGCCCUUUGACCUGCCAACAAUGUGGUAACAUAUUUACUCAAAAAGGAAGCCUUAACAGGCACAUGAGAAUUCACAUUGGAGAGAAGCCUUACACGUGCUUUCAGUGUGGAAAGAGUUUUGAUCAACAUGGGAAUCUUAAGGUCCACAUGAGAGUUCACACUGGAGAGAGCCCUUUCACCUGUCAACAGUGUGGAAAAAGUUUUAGCCGAAAAGGAAACCUAAAUUAUCACAUGAGAGUUCACACUGGUGAGAGUCCUUUCACCUGUCAACAUUGUGGAAUAAGUUUCACUGUGAAAGGAAGCCUUACCAGGCACAUGAGAAUUCACACUGGAGAGAAGCCUUACACAUGCCCUCAGUGUGGAGAAAGUUUCGAACAGCAUGGGAACCUUAAGGUCCACAUGAGAAUUCACACCGGAGAAAAUCCCUACACAUGCCCUCAGUGUGGAAAGAGUUUCGAUCAACACUGGAACCUUAAAGUCCACUUGAGAGUUCACACUGGAGAGAAGCCUUACAAAUGCACUCAGUGUGGAAAGAGUUUCGAUCGACAUGGAAACUUUAAAGCCCAUGUGAGGGUUCAUACUGGAGAGAAGCCUUACACAUGCACUCAGUGUGAUAAGAGUUUCACUCAAAAAGGACACCUUGAAGUCCACAUGAGAAUUCACACUGGAGAGAAGCCUUUCACCUGCCAACAAUGUGGAAAAAGUUUCAGCCGAAAAGAAAUCCUUGACAAGCACGUGAACAUUCACACUGGAGAGGAUGAGUUUAGAUCCACAUGGACAUCUUAAAGCCCACAUGAAAACUCACACUGGAGAGAAACAUUUAUAUUUGGUCAGUGUGGGAAGAGUUUACGAUAUAAUGCAUCCCUUAAUUACUACAUGCAGAUUCACCUAACCCCUUCUAAGCUGUUCAAGGUCUUUUUAAUGCCAAAUGACAUUUGCUAAAAAUAUAUAUUUAAAAAAAAAAAUGUUCCCUUUAUCAAAAUGUCAAGAGACUUUGUACGCCUGUGGACACUUGCUAUCUUUACAGCUAAAAAAAAAAAAUAAUUGGAUUGAUAUUUUGUUGUAUGUUAGUGUGGGAGGGGAAAAAAAGUCACACUCAGGAUGUUUGAAAUGACCCCACAUUGAAAUGAAUGGGGAAAUUAUAAAAUUAUUACUUUUUAUUUAUAAUUUGUCCAAUAAAAUCACUAAAUCCGCCACAAUGCAGAACACAAAAUGCACAAAAAUGUGACAACCCUUCCACUGAUCCACUAUGUGGAACACUCUACCCCCUAAAAAUCACCCAUUGAAAUAAAUGGGAUACUAUAUAAACUAAUUUCUGUUACAUAAUUUGUCAAAAAUGACAGUUACAAUGCAGAAAACAAAAACUAAAGGUGUGACACCACAACACAUCCUUGAUAGAGGAAAAGUACACCCACCCAAUGCCCCCCAAAUUCACUCAUAAGAAAUGAAAAAGUUGCAUGACAUAAUUUGUAGGGGUGCUCCGAUUGAUCAGCUAAUGAUCACUAUCAGCCGUUAAUUGUUUUGGGAUGUUUGAUCAGCAGUCUCUAAAUAGCCUGCUUCAAAUCACAUUGCGUCUGCACUUUAAGCGAGCUGCACAUUAAACACAGUAAUUAUCACUUGCAGAAUCGAGGCAGUGUCGAAUUGUUACAAAAUUGUAUACAUUUCCGUGCCCUCAUGCACACUCGCACCUCAUACACAUAAUGCCAGGUUCACAUUUCUCUGUUUGCAGUGUGUAUGUGGUGCAUAUUUUUUCUGUGCUUAUGUUAAAAAGAUUGAAGCGUUCACACUACACCCAGCAGUGCGUUCCAGUCAUGUUGCAUCUGCAGCAGUAGAUUAUUUUUGGUAAAUAUGAACAUGGAUUGACACAAAAAUUUUAUUUCACAAUACAUGCAUAUUAAUGCUAUAUUUAUUAUUGCGUUUAAACACGUCUAUUUAUGAUUGUAUUACUGCACUGUUUAAAAAAAGAAAAAGAAAAGAAAAGAAUCACAAUGCUGAAAAAAACUUUCAGUAACAAUGUUUAGAUUUAAAAUCAAAAUAAUGGAUAAAUGUGUUUGUAGAAAACAGCCUGUGCUGUGCGUAAGCUAAUGCGCAACAAUUGCACGAUUGUCAAAACAAAAGUGCAGUGCAUGAUCAAAUAUUUAGGUGAGAAAAAUAUGUUAUAUGUCUUACAAAUUGAAAUAUAAUAGAAUGUCUUAAAAAAUCCCCUCUCAGAAGUCACCUAAGAGAGGAAUUCAUUUUCAAAAAUGAAAUUCAGACCCUGAAUAAAUGUCUAAAAAUAUUGAUUGGAUCAUCACUGUAAAUAAUUCUACAUGAUAAAAAGAAGGCUUUAAAAAUAUCGGUAUCUGUGAUUGUAUCGUCAGAUACUGCUUUCAGUUAUCGGUGAUCUGCCUCAAAAAUCCUGAUCAGAGCAUCCCUAAUAAUUUGUUAAAUAAAAAUCUACAAAGCUACAAUGCAGAAACAUACACAGAAAUGAUAGAGUGACACCACAGCACAUCCACGAUAGAGAACGAAUGCAAACACACACACUAAUACACACAUAUAACACCAUAUUCAGGUUUGGCUGUAAUUGUUGCAUGUAAUUGCAAAAACUGAUACUUCAGUGCUAAAAACUAAAUGUGCUAAACCUUCACAAAGAGUAAUUUGUCAUUAUAAUAAUUAUUUCAUUAUGUCUUAACAUAAAUCUAAAAUAAAAACAAAAUAAAAAAAUUGAGAAAAUGUCUAUGUGACUCUUAUGUGGAAAUAACAAAUGAACCAUUGAGUAAUGCUGUAGAGCCAUUGGGUUGCUGUAGUUUAAUUUCUUUCUUCUUCUUCUUCUUCUUCUUUUUUGUCCAUUAAACAAAUUAGAAAUGUGGGUCUUCUUUAAAGUGAAUUUUCCAUAAAAAAAGUAUAAUUUUGUACAAUAAAAAGAAAACAGAUAGAAUAGAAAAGAAGAAUGGAGCAAGCUAGUGUUAAAGGCCUUUUCUGCUUUUGUUAAAUAAUGAAUAAAAAAAGCAGAUAGCAUACAAUAUUUUUUUUUUUUUUUUAAAGCAGUAAAUGAAUAGAGUGCAAGUUUAAAAUUGACACUUUUUUAUAAUAAUAGAAUUAGAAUAGAGAAUGCUAAAGUUAGAGGGCCAAAUAAAGAUGGAAGAGAUGUGUUUUUAGCCGGCUCUGAAGAUGGCUAAGGACUCAGAUAAUCGGAAAAAUAGUACUUUAUAUCUCCCAAAACACAGCUUAAACGUAUAGGUAAGAAGUAAACAACAACAACAAAAAGAUAUAUAAUUUGUAUUAUUAAAAUGUAUAUGUGUGUGUGUGUGUGUGUAUGUGUAUAUAUAUAUAUGUAUGUAUAGUGAGUCAAUUUUCACCAUUAUUGGCUUGGUUGUUUUGACACACUGCGGCCAAACAAUUCUAUUCAAUUCAAGUUUAUUUGUAUAGUACUUUUUACAAUUCAAAUCGUUAUAAAGCAAAUUUACAGAAAAUUACAUUUCUACAAUAUUUAGUAAUAGCUUAUAAGUGGUGACUGUCAGUUUGUGUGCACAUGAUAGACAUUUUCAGAAAAAUUAAUACAUGACGUAGUCAGCCAGACGAUGAACAUUAUUAACAGCAAUUAUUAUAUGAUGCAGUCACACUUGUAGCAAUAUUUGUUAGUUCUGUUGUUGAUUCAGGGUUACUGUGUAACCCUGACAAACAGCUGUGUUCAAACACCUUAUACGUUCCCCAUUAAAAGAGAGAUGUUUUAUAUGUCAUCUGUGUGGAAUAAGUCUCAUUGUAUCACAAUUUGCAGAAACAAAGCUAAUUUUAAAGGUCAGAAAAUCUUAAAGGGUUGUUUAUGUGUAUAUAUAUAUGAUUUGCACACACGCACAAAUAAAAUGUGGAAAAAUUAUUUUCAACUUUCGUUCUGACCCUGUCUCUAAAACAACCUGUUUGUAGGGUGCAUGUCCUUUCAGGAUUGUCGUUAAUUGGCCACUGUUGGCUAACGUCACUUCAAAGGAAACAGUAUAAACACCCCUCGCUAUUUUGUGUGUUUUGGUGAUAUGAUAAUGAUAAAAAAGAAAAAAAAAGACUUGAGCACAUGGACUGUCAGAAAGCAAAAGUGCAUGUGUAUACUAUAUCCAGUGUAGAAAAGAUAGUGGCAAUAUCUUUGCUAUUAGUGAUGCACUACUCGCAUUCAGCUCAUCAAGUGUCAGCCAUUAAGCAAGUAAACACCAAUGGGCAGGGCCUAUGGUGAGAAGAUGACUGCUCUGGAGGCAGUGUUUAUGCAAAUGAUUGUGCCCAGGUGAUGUCACCUUAUAGCCCCUUUCACACUGCACGUCGGACCCGCAAUAUUUCCGGAACAUUGCCGGGUCGCCUUCUGUGUGAAAGCAACCACGUCCUGGGAUCGAUUACCGAAUUUAACCCGGGUCGGGGACCUAGUAACAUUGGGGGGUUCGACCCGGGACGAGUGCUGUGUGAACAAAAGCCAGAUCUAAUGCCGUGUCGAAGUGAUGACGCGCGAUAUCGCGUGACUCUUUUACCGGCUGUUUUGAAGGAAGAUCAACGUUCGCGAUGAAAACACAUCUGCAAACUAUAAUGAAGCAGAGAUCAGUUAGUUCCUCACUUACCGCGCUGACGCCGAGAUCGUUUGCUUGCUUCAGUGAAAAUAUAACGUGCCUAGCGUUGUCGACUCGUACAUUACUCGUCACACGCUGAUGUCACGUGUCGUUACGGGAUCUUCAAGGGUUGUGUGUGAAAGCACGCACAUAUACCGGGUCAUCACUGGCAGUGUGAAAGUGCAAAAUCUAGCGACCAGGGAACAAUUGCAGGAACACUUUACCCCUGUAUUUGCCGGAAUGGCAGUGUGAAAGGGGCUAUACCUCAGAUCCAAAACGAGCCAUUUUUUGGAACUUGACUAAAUAAAUGCUUCGUUCAUAAUUAGGAGGAUGUUUUAAGCUUUGAAACAUGCAGGAUGUUUUAAUGGUAAAAAUACCUAUGCUAAAAGAUUAAGACAAAUUUGAUUUCUCAUGUCAAGACCUCUUUAAAAAGAGUCAUAAAAUACAGUUUCAUAUGUUCCUUGAGGUUAGUUUUUGAACCUCUAUGAAGGUUUUUUUUUUUUUUUUUUUU